ACCUCAGACAUGAACACUCAGAUUGUGCUUGUGUUGUGUGUGGUGGUUAUGGCCGCUGCUGACAAGCGUCCCUCCUUCUCCUAUGGUCCUCCCAGGGUGUUUUCUGAUGAAUCUUUUGAGUCAAGUGAAGCCAAAUACAACUUCAACUGGGCUGUUGACCACGACCCUUCAAGUAAUGAGUUCGGUCACCAGGAGAGCCGCGACGGUGACGACACUCAGGGGUCGUACUACGUGCAGCUCCCCGAUGGUCGUCUUCAGAAGGUGACUUUCCUAGUUGACGGUGACUCGGGCUACCAGGCUCAGGUGACUUACGAGGGAGAGGCUCGCUACUCUGAUGAGUCUCGCUCCUUCGAGUCCCUUGAGUACGCCCCACGUAGACCCGUGUAUGGUUAGACUCUGAGAGCACUACCAGUCCCUAGAGUACGUCCCGCGCAGACCCGUGUACGGCUAGACUCUUAGAACACUACCAGUCCCUAGAGUACGCCCCGCGAAUGCCCGUGACCGACUAAAUUCUGAGGACACUACAAGUCCCUGAAGUACGACCCACACUGACCCGUGUACAGCUAGACUGAGAACAUACCAGUCCCUAGAGUACGGUGCAUGCACGACCUUGUACGACUACACUCCGAGUACAUAAUCUACUCUCCUGCCCAACGUUUGACACACUUAAAUCAUUGAAAUUCUUACCUCAGAUGAAAAUACUGACGAUCAUAACCAAAUCGGUGGAAAAUUUUUUUCCAACAACCUUAGAAUUUCCAAGAAAAUUUACCAAUUGUAAUUUAUAAA